AUGGACGACUUUCCAGAAGGCAGCCUGGGACACAGCGUCCCAUUCCUCGUCGUCUCUGGUCUCAAUGGCGCCGAACCCGAACUCCCAAUCGAAGGCGACCUGAAGGACCAGGGCAUCCUGGUACAAUCCGACCUUCCCCGGCUCGAGACGAGAGAGGCUACUGUGCUGGAUGAGCUGUUCACAAAAGUCGACGCCGCAGGGCGAUCCUGGCAGGGCGUGGAUAGAGAGGAGAAAUUCAGAUUCCGCGUGAAAAGCACAGGCAGAUCCGUCCUCCUACCGCCUCGAAAAGCGCAGCUACCAGACAGCGAGAAGGAAGAGUCCUCUUCGACCUCACUGCCUGUACUGCAUUCGCCAUUCUCGCCGCUCAGUACCUGUUCUCGACUUUAUCCGGAUGGCCUGAUAGAUGCGCAAUGGAUACAGAAACACCAGCACCUCGUACCGAGUAUCAUACUCAGCUUCUACACAAUCACGACCGAUCCGACGACUACAACACUACAAGACAAUCGUCUGAAGAGCGACAUUGCGGCGUUCAGGAGUGCACUGGUGGCAUCAGGGUACAAGACCAAGUUGGCGGUGGUCUUGCUGGCAGACGACGACAGCACACCCGCGACGCAAGCCACCGGGCUACAGGAACGCCUCGAGAACAUUCGUCGCGGAUCAGGCCUUGAUCCCAAAUCGCUAUUCUAUAUCCCGCCACAGGGGUCACCCGGCGAGCUGAAGAAUGUGAUGCUCAAUAUCCUGUCUGCCCUCUACGGGCCCGCCGUGGAAUACUAUCGGGACCUGGGACGCCACGCGCGGAAGAAGAGAUCCCGGGGCAUCGCGCCGCAACCGACAGUGCCGCCGACCUCGGGCACAUCGCGGACGCUGGAAUUGGCCGGUUGGAACUUCCGGUACGAUUUCAAGUCGGCCGUUCUGGGCGAGUUCCGCCAGGAGUACGACGCUGCGAUGAAAUCAUAUGAGCAGGCGUACGAAGUGCUCCUCGGACCGGACGUCCUGGACACGAUCCCGAGCUGGAGCCCCCGAUGGAACGAGGCGCGUCUGCUGGCGGAUAUUAUUGCCAUCCGCUGCCUGCGGUUGCACUUCUGGCUACGGCAGACGAGCCUCGCUGUGAAGAGAUGGCAGGCCCACCGCGACCGGUUGGCGGACUUUGUGGAGCGACGUGGACACGGCACCGACAACUACGGCUGGCAGGCCUGGGAGGCGAGGUGGGCUUUGGUCAUGGCCGAUCUCAUGGACAAGGUCGAGCUCCAGGGGUUGGAGCCUGAAUCGGGCGCCAUGUUUCUGCCCCCGGAUAAAGCCGUCCUUGGCGAUCGACUGCAGCCAUUUGAGCUCCUACACCACAAAGGAUACUGGUAUCGCACCGCAGCGAGAGCCCUCAUGGCCCGACGGCGACUAGCUGCGCGUAUUCGGGAGGAGGAUAGAUCACCACCUGACCAGAAGGGCAAGGUCUUCAGCUACGAUACAUAUUUGUGCCCCAUGCCCUACGAGGAGAAUCCACUGGAGGGCCAAGGCACGAACCAUGCGCAGCUCAUUGUGGACUGUCUUCUCGAGGCGAAAGCACAAUUCGAGGCGCGAAACCAGCUGAGGAUUGCGUCAGAGUUAUCGUUGGAAUGUGCACGUGAGUUUUCUCGGAUGAAGAAGUGGCAGGACGUCUUGUCCAUUCUACGACCGCUCUGGGAAAGUCGAGUCUUCCGAUCCGAGGGGUGGCAUGGCGCUUCCGAGGAUCUGUGCUGGUUAAUAAGGAGAGCUGCGGCCGCCGAACGGAAAGCAGACCUGGUGGUUGCCGUGGACUGGGAGCUGAUGAGCAAGCAGUUUGCUCAGAGACCGCAAUGGUCCUAUGACUUGUCCCGGUCCCUGGAGGGAAUCGAGUUGACAGACAAGCCCACUGUCUCGCUGACAGACGACCAACAUGAGUCCUUUGUGGAUGCCUCCUUUGUGUUUCGCAACAAGGAGAGCAGAGCGGGUGACCAUUGCAGCGCGCAGCUAUCCUUAACCUCCAAUGCUCUGGCUGGCGCAGCACCCUUGGCACUAAGCGAGAUCAAGAUCACCUUUGAUGGGAGUCUCAAGCCCAUCGUUCUCAGCCACAAGGCUGGCAGUGGGAGCGACGGGACGUUCCUCAAAUCCGCAACGACCUUGUCGGAGCAAUUUGACGAGAACUCGGAAGACGGGCUGCCGUCCCUGUUGAAGGGUGACGACGAUCUCACCCUCGUGCCAGGAAGUACCCGGGUAUACGAGCUGAGCAUUCCACUGCGGGAGGCUGGAGAGAUCUCUGCGGCAUCUCUCGAGCUAACAUACAGAGGCGAGCAGUUCGACAUGACGUACGGCAUGAAGCUUGGUCGAGCUAGUCAGCCGCGUGGAUGGUACAGGGACGGCUUCAAAAGACCGUUCCAUGCACGCGAUGAUGCACACACGCUGCAAGUGCAGCCUCGGCCGCCGAAGCUGGACAUUCAAGUCCUUGAACCGCGCAACCAAUACUACGCCAAUGAGCCCAUCAAACUCAAAGUCCAGCUGGACAACGCCGAGGCCGAGGUUGCUUCUGUCAAGGUGGAUGUACACCUGUUUGGCCAGAAAGCGCCCAUCUUCACGCUCUCUAGUAAUGGGGAGGAGGAGGAGCAGACGGCCAGCGUGGCGGAAGCAGAGUCGAAGAUCACCGGCUUCUCGCUGGGCAAGCUGGAGAGCGCGGCAACGUCGGACCUCAACUUGGCGAUGGAGCCAUUGGACGCCCCGACGACACUUGACCUGCAUGUGCGCGCGACAUAUCACCUGGACUCAGACCCUGCCACGCCGAUCAUGCAGAUGCUUCCGGUGCAGCUUGCUAUCGUCAGCCCGUUUGAGGCCAACUACGACCUCGUGCCGCGAUUGCACCACGAUCCAUGGCCUAACCUGUUUGACCACGAGAACAUUGUCACCGGGGACGAGGCGUCAAAAGCGGCGACGGCUGCCAAGGGCAUUGCGCAAGCGUGGUGCCUGAUAUGCCACUACGCCUCGUUUGCCGAGGAAGAUCUCAGAGUUCUGGGCAUGGAGAUGAAAGUCGCCCCCAGCGCGGGCCAUGCACGCUGUGACGUGGUCAAGCAGCACCCGAUCCCCGCCGACGGUGUAGUGAUGACACCCAAGACGAUGGAGGAAGCUCGAUUUGAGUUGACGGCCCAGAAGAUGAGCCUGGACGACCGGCAGCCUGUCUCGGUGGACGUGUCCAUCGUCAUACAGUGGCAGCGGCAGGACGAGCAGGAUCAGCCUGUCAACACGACGGUCAUGGCAGCGGGCCAGUAUCUGGUUCUGAGCACUGAGCCACGCGUGCUGGCCUCUGUGUUCGAGAUGCCACCAGCGGCCGCCGCCGCCACUGCACCGGAUGACAGCCUGAUGCACCUCGACAUUACCAUUGAGAACCCAUCGGCCCAUUUCCUGACCUUUGGUCUGACCAUGGAGCCGAGUGACGAGUUUGCCUUUUCGGGGGCCAAGCAGACGACAGUCCACCUGCUACCGAUGAGCAGGCGGGCCGUGACAUAUCGCCUGCUGCCCUUGGUCCGGGGCACCUUUGUGCGGCCGGGUCUCGUGGUGAGAGACAAGUACUUUCAGAAGAUGCUCCGCGUCAUUCCGACGGAGGGUAUGAAGAUUGAUAAGGAUGGGUUGUUGGUGUGGGUUCCGCCGGGCGAGAACGAGGAGGAGGAAGAGGAGCCAUGA